GCUGUGUGGAGUCUGAUCCCGAUUCCAGCUCGGUCCGACACGGAGGUAACGUUACACGCGUACGGAAAGCGCUUGGAAAGAUCCCCUUUGACACUGCGCGGCCGUCCUCUCUUUGCCCGCACCAGUUCUGUAGUCCUCAUGGGUUUGCUGUCAGGUCUCACCCGUGGGCUGGUCAGAGGUGCUGACCGCAUGGCCGAGUGGACCAGCAAGCGCGGCUCCCUUACCUUUUACAAGAACCGCGGCGCCAGGAAGACCGGCGUGCUCACCUCCAGCGGGAAGUUCGUGCGGGUCCGGGAGAUGGUGCCGGAGUUCGUGGUGCCUCGACUGGACGCCGGGUUCAAGCUGAAGCCCUACGUCUCGUACCGGGCGCCCCCGGGCACGGAGGAGCCACAGACCCCCCACAAGCUCUUCACAGAGGUCGUGGCUCCCCAGAUCGAGAAGGAAAUCAAGGAAGGGACCUUCGACCCGGAGAACCUGGAGCGAUAUGGCUUGGAGAGAUCACAGGAGGGCAAGAUUUUCCAGCUGUACCCAAAGAACUAUGUGAGAUAAUGAGGGGCAGAGGCUGGGCUCCCAGCUCUCCACUGGCACUGCAAUCCUCUUCAGACUGGAAUUCACACACUUCUGUGAGAAGGACUGCAAUGCACGGCACCUCACUCCUCAAAAGGUAAAACUAAUUAACUUCUCCCCAAUCAAGCCCAAGAUUGCUCAAUUUUGUGAAGUAAAAAUCAUUUCAGUGCAGGGUUUGGGUUUGCUGUGAAGGAUCACCUGCACACACACACACGUGCGGUAUGUUUAACGUGUGGGGCGUGUCGUUUGAUAAAUAUGUUAACAGCAAUUAAACAUGUGAACCUGCUUUAAAA